GCGCCUCUGGGCCUGGCCCGGGCUGGCGGCGAAGCGGCCGCGCUGGGGGCGGCGGGGGCGGGGGCCACGGCCCGCCCACGCCAUGGCGGCGGAGAGACGGCCGGGCGCGGGCCGAGGCGCCGAGGGCAUCAAGUUGUCAGCAGAGGUCAAACCAUUUGUCCCAAAGCAUGCGGCGGUAACUGUGGCAUGGUCAGAACCAUCAGAGGCAUGUGUUUUUCCUAGGUACUUAACUACAUGCUACCCAUUUGUUCAGGAACCAUCUUUGGAUAAGCAACAUGUAUAUGCUGAAGAUUUGCCCCAGGAUGACUUUUCAUCUCUUUCUCAAUGUGCAUCACGUAGUGUUUUGGGAGACCCUGCCUUCCGUGAAUACUCCAGCUGCUCUUACUCAUCUGAUGUUGUUGCAAAUGUAUAUCCAGUAGCUGGCUCACAAUAUCAUUCUAACAACUCAACACAAAAUAAUGGUUCAGGAAUAGUCAGUGAAUCUGCUGAGCAAACAUAUCCGAUCAGACGAGAAAGUAAGACUGUUUCAAAGCAGAGGAGAUCAAAAGAGAGUGAGAAAAAAUUAGACAAGAAAAGGCAGGAUGGAGAUGACGCUUCUGUCAGAAUUGUGAACAGGACUUCAUUCCAGACCUCCACAUGCAGCAGAGAUUCCAUGAAGCCAGACAGGUUCAAUAAAACUACAAACGAGAAGUCAACUCAAAGUCCAAAACCAGAGUCUCUUCCUGCACCUGUGUGUGAAGCUACCGUUCUGGAUUUCCACAAGUCACAGAGUCUGGGACGCAGUGACAUACUGAAUGGGCAGCAUAAAAGUGGAGCAGUAUGUUCAGCAGAAAGUAAUAUUACAUGCCUUAGUCAACCACAGGUGUCUCUUUUGUUGAACACAGAGGAAGAUACUUCUGUGGAAAUCAAAGCUUCAUCAAAAACUUCGGAUGAAACACUAGCCAACUUAAUUCACUCUUCAUUUGAUGGUAGAGCAGCAUUGCCUGAAACACCUGUAGAUGGCUCUGCUCAGCCACCUGUGUCUUGGGCCAUGGUACUUUCACAGCCCCCAAAGAAAAUUGUGUCAUCACCAGCAUCUGAAGGUCUUUCCAGAGGCAAAGCAAAGCAGGAUAGUGAAGCAAAGCAGUCAGAAACAAAAAAUGAUGCUAGUGAAACUGAGCCUGAAGAAGGGUCAGAAAAGAAGAAAAAGAAGAAGAAGAAGAAGAAAAAAACAAAGUCACCUACUGAUGUAGAGAAACCUCAAAAUGAAUCUACUACUAUACAGGAACCACCAAGGAUUGAGGAUGCUGAGGAGUUUCCUGAUUUGGCAGCUGCUUCUGAUAGGAGAAACAGGCUAGGAUCUCAGAAGUUGUCUACUCUUGUCAGAAAGCAGUCUGAAUUUCAUGUCCCUGAUGAGCCUUGGUAUGGUUUGUCUCCCGUGCUGGAUGGAACUCCCAAGGUGGAUGGACUGUCAGGGAAGCAAGGUUCAUCUUCUAUAUUAGAAAGAAAGAAAACACAGGAAACAUCCAGAAGCAGUGGUAAGAAGAGUCAGAUUCCUGUGCAACUGGAUUUGGGUGGCAUGCUGGCAGUCUUGGAGCAGAAGCAACAAACAGAGAAGUCAAAGCAGUCUUCUAAACCUGUGGUGUUUUCAGUUGGUGGUGCCAUACCAUUGCUUUCUAAAGAACCUGCUACAGCCACAAAAAGUCACCGUUUAAACCAGGGAAAGAUGCCUCAUAACCCUUUGGAUUCCAGCGCUCCAUUGGUAAAGAAAGGGAAACAGAGAGAAGUCCCUAAAGCAAAGAGACCAACACCUCUUAAAAAGAUUAUUCUGAAAGAAAGAGAACAACGAAAACAGCAGCACCUGUUAGAACAGACAGCAGUACCAAAAGAUGGAGAUAAUAUUUGUAAGUCUGCAGAAAAUGUUGCUGAGGAUAAAACGCUUCUACAGGAUAGUCAAGCAGCAGUUCCUGUAACGCAAGUUGCUGAAGUGCUUCUGGAGAGCACCGGGGUCAAGGAUUCCACAGAAGGUUCUAUGACUUCAAAGCAGCUAACUUCUCGUCUUCCAAAAAUCCAUAGUAGGAAUUUUAGAGAUUACUGCAGCCAGGUACUUAGUAAAGAAGUUGACAGUUGUGUGACAGAUCUCUUAAAAGAGCUGGUUCGUUUCCAAGAUCGCUUGUAUCAGAAAGACCCAGUAAAGGCCAAGAUAAAACGCAGGCUUGUUAUGGGUCUUAGAGAAGUUUUGAAACAUCUGAAGCUGAAAAAACUGAAGUGUGUCAUCAUCUCUCCUAACUGUGAAAAGAUUCAGUCAAAGGGUGGGUUGGAUGAGACUCUACACAACAUUAUCGACUGUGCCUGUGAACAGAAUAUCCCAUUUGUUUUUGCCCUUAAUCGCAAGGCUCUAGGCCGCUGUGUGAACAAAGCAGUGCCUGUGAGUGUGGUGGGGAUUUUUAGCUAUGAUGGGGCUCAGGACCAUUUUCAUAGAAUGGUACAAUUGACAACAGAGGCCAGGAAAGCCUACAAAGAUAUGAUAGCAGCUUUAGAGAAAGAAGCUGAAGGAGGACUAAAAGAAACCCAACCCAGCAUCUCAGCCACAGAAUAUGAAAAAAACAGUUUAUCAGAAAUGGGUAAAACAUCUUCCAAGGACUCUGAUGAGGAUGUACCUAAUUAUAUUAAAAUCUGGAAGAGAAAACUUGAAGAAGAGUAUAACCCAUAUGCACUGGAACUGGAAGAGAGUGCAACUACUGACGUGAUAGUGAAUUCAGAAGAGCAUCAGUAAAUCCAGAUCCAAUUUGAUUGGGCAUUUCAUUUUUUUUUUUUUUUCCAGAUCUUUAGGAAUAGGAUAGUAAAGUAAAUUUAAGGUUUUAAAUUUAAGAAGUAUCUGAACUCAGCCAAGUAAACUGCUCUGAAUCACUUUAAGCAAAAUGCACGCUGGAGCACAGGAGGCACUGGCUAAUGCUUUUACUUUCUAUGUAUUUGGAUGUACUAUAGCAGAUGAGAACAACAAAUUGUCUGAGCCAUUUGAACUGGCUUGGUUUAGUGGUCAAAAAACCCCACAAACUUCAGUGGUUUUAUGGACUAGUGUUGAUUUGUUAGUGAUACAGUAUACCAAAAGAACUUGCUAGAAAGAUGGUUCUAUUUGCAAAAAGAUACCAUGAGCCAAAAGAUUGGGGCUUGGUUUUUUUUUUUUUUCAAACUCUCGUUUAAAGAACUUCACAUGGUUUUUGAUUGUGGGUUUGGUUUGUUUUUUUUUCUUCUGAAUAAACCUGCUCAGAUGGGCAGGCUGGCAUCAAUGUCACUUUCUUUUGGGCAGGCAGCUGGUUUGAAACUAAUUAAGGAAGGCCAUGAUGACAUAGUUCCCAGUUAGCUCUUCUGUGUGGUAUUCUGUUCUUCUGGGAUCAUACAGCAGGUGUAAAGCAGAGAGCAUGGACUACAAACAUCUGAAAUUCCUGAAGUGAAAAUGCUCUGUUUAUGGGAUUUCUAACAUUAAUUAAGUGUACAGGGAUGAUGUUUCUGCUGCUACUGAGACUAGUUUAUUGUAGGUCCUGCUUUGAAGGUAGAGGGUACGAAGGACAGCAAAUGUACCAGCCUGCUAUCCUGUCUGUACCUUUUCCAGGCUGACACGCUCUUCAUUCCUUCAGUUUGGGGUUGUGUCAGCAUACAUAUAAAUGAAAGAGGUUUUGAUCAAUCUCAGUUUGUUUUUAAGGUAGGGAAAAUUUUUACCUUACAGGAAAUAAAAUUUUAAAAACAAAAUGUGCACAUAAUGGUGGUGGAGCACCUUAGUGGGAAUGUCCUAUAUAAAUACCAUUGUUUACAAGUUGCAGACCCAAGAGGACAAAUGCAAAGAAAGUCAUUGGAGUAUGCACGUGUAACUUAUGUCAGCUGUUCUGAAAGGUGGUAUAGAUGCCAUGUGCUGCUGCCAGCAUCUCUGAAGUGUGCCUGUAAGUGCUUCAUCACAUUGAACGUUUAUAGUGCAAUAUUUUGGAAAGUAGCUGCCUUGUGAAGUUAGACAUGAUAUAAAAACUUUAAAUAAUUCUAAACUUCAAACAAUUUUGUAGAAUGUAAAUUGUAUAAAAUCUGUUAACAAUAUAUUGAUUCUAUAAAAGUAUGGUUGUGACUUAAGUAAA